UGACGUCAUAGUGUGAGCUACAGGACAAACGUCAGUUACUUUUAAGUGCCUGUCCAUACUUUGGAGCGUCAAACUGAGCGACAGGUCGCAAAUCAUGCGUGCGUAGAGCCAACAUAACCAAUCCCGUUUAAAAUCAGCAACAGAACAGAAAGAAAAACGAACAGGAAGCGGUUAGGAGACAAGUGUGACGUACUACGUGUCAACGCUUCGCGGUGAGAUAAACGACACCGCGGGCAUGUUGAGCGACUCCGCGGUGGAGCGGCCCGCCCUGGAUGAUGUGACCGAGGAGGACGACAUUUUCGGCGGCGAGAGCAGGGUCACCUGUCCGCUGCAGUCUAGUAGUUGUCAGACAGAGCAGGUGGAGAAGGAAGACAAAAUGUAUGCCACUCAAAUGGAAGCUGACUUUGUGCAGUUGACCUUUAGGAAGCAGGUGUCUUACAGCUCUUCUGACUCCUCACCAUGCUCCUCUUCACCCACUCCUCACCCCAACGCCUGUUUUCUCUCAAAUUAUACGGAGGACGACAGGGAAAUGCUUUUCGGAUGCUCCAAAUCUUUCACUGGACUCAAACUCUUCACGAGAAGGAAAGCAAUCGCAAAAUCUGGCCUACACCAUCUGCCAUGUGAUCCCACUACAUCGUCUUUAGAUCCUGAAGUGAAUAUCUGCAGCACUGUUGACUGGACCGAGUCUGCUCAGUAUGGAGAUCAUAUCUGGUUUGAGACAAAUGUGUCGGGAGACUACUGUUAUGCAGGAGAACAACACUGUAUUGCCAGAUCACUGCAAAAGUCAGUUAGCCGGAGAAAGUGUGCUGCCUGCAGGAUAGUCGUCCACACAAUCUGUAUUGAACAACUGGAGAAGAUCAAUUUCAGAUGCAAGCCAUCCUUCAGGGAAUCUAGUUCCAAAAACAUUCGAGAGCCCAACGUGGUACGUCAUCACUGGGUGCAUCGAAGAAGACAAGAAGGAAAAUGUAAACAAUGUGGCAAGGCCUUCCAGCAGAAGUUUGCUUUCCACAGUAAAGAGAUUGUUGCCAUUAGCUGUUCCUGGUGCAAACAAGCGUAUCACAACAAGGUCUCCUGUUUCAUGUUGCACCAAAUUGAGGAGGUUUGUCCAAUAGGAGUUCAUGCUGCCCUCAUAGUUCCACCUUCAUGGAUUGUUCGAGUUCGACGUUGCCAGACGUCCAUGAAGACAAGUAAGAAGAAGAAAAGAACAUCCUUCAAGAGAAAAAUCAAUAAAAAAGCCACUGAGGAUGGACGACAGUUGAAGCCCUUCACUAUCCGGGCUAUCCAUUCCCCUUUGAUGAAACCACUGAUAGUCUUUGUAAACCCCAAAAGCGGAGGAAAUCAGGGCACCAAAAUCUUUCAGUCUUUCAUGUGGUAUCUGAAUCCAAGACAGGUAUUUGAUCUGAGCCAGGCAGGACCAAAAGAUGGUCUAGAGCUGUAUCGUAAAGUUCAUAAUUUGAGGAUUCUGGCCUGUGGAGGAGAUGGAACUGUGGGAUGGGUCCUAUCAUGCCUUGAUGAACUUGCUUUGAAUCCUCAACCUCCUGUCGCAGUGUUACCACUUGGGACAGGAAAUGACCUCGCUAGAACUCUCAACUGGGGAGGGGGCUAUACAGAUGAACCUCUGUCCAAGAUCCUGUCUCAUGUUGAGGAUGGAACUGUAGUGCAACUUGACCGGUGGAAUCUACAAAUUGAACCCAAUCACAGUGCAGGGGCUGAGGUCGAUGAGCAACAAACUGAUAAGCUUCCCCUGGACGUUUUUAACAAUUACUUCAGCCUCGGAUUUGAUGCUCUUGUGACCCUAGAGUUUCAUGAGUCAAGAGAAGCCAAUCCAGAGAAGUUUACCAGCCGUUUCAGGAAUAAGAUGUUCUAUGCUGGGACAGCAUUCUCAGAUUUCCUGAUGCGAAGCUCCAAAGACCUGUCUAAGCACAUCAAAGUUGUGUGUGAUGGGAAUGAUUUAACAUCAAAGGUUCUGGAUUUGAAGCUUCAAUGUCUGGUUUUCCUCAACAUCCCCAGGUACUGUGCAGGCACUACCCCUUGGGGAAAUCCAAGUGAUCACCAUGACUUUGAGCCACAACGGCAUGAUGAUGGAUACAUUGAGGUCAUUGGGUUCACAUUGACAUCAUUGGCUACUCUCCAGGUUGGAGGUCAUGGCGAGCGUCUGACUCAGUGUCAAGAAGUCAUUCUCACUACGACAAAGCCUCUUCCCGUACAGGUGGAUGGGGAACCAUGUAGACUUGCCCCCUCUAUUAUCAACAUCAGUCUCAGAAACCAGGCCAACAUGGUCCAGAAGACCAAAUGGCAGACAUCCCUGCAACAUUUCAAUGACCAGCAGCCCGCUCCAGAGAGGCUGCAGCUUCGAGUCAGCAGAAUCAGCAUGAGUGACUAUGAGGCUCUGCACUACGACAACGACAAAUUGCGGCAAGCAUCUAUUCCUCUGGGGCUGAUUGUGGUUCCAGGAGACAGCAACUUAGAGAUGGGCAGAGAACAUAUACAACGUUUACAAGAGGAGGACGCUGCCAAGAUGAAGAAUCUUUCCUCGCAGCAAAUGUCCCCAAAGUGGUGUUUCCUUGAUUCAACAACAGCUGAUCGAUUUUACAGAAUAGACAGAGCACAGGAACAUCUCAACUAUGUAUCAGAAAUCUCACAUGAGGAACUUUUUAUCUUGGACACUGAACUGAUUAUGAGAACGUCUCCAACUGCCGUACCUGAUUUGGUUCAUCCUUUAUCCAACUUGGCGAACUACGGCAUUGACAGUGAUGGCUUUGCAGCUGAAGCCUCGGCAUUCAGUUCAACACCUGAGGCCAGGAAACUCAGAAGGAAAGGCUGCAUCCUGCGCUCUGUCAACACCAAUGAUGAGAUAAAGCCAAAAGUGAGACAUGAAACGGGCCCAAAGGCAAGCGAUGCAGGAGGUGAAGAAGAAGAAGAAAAAGAGCUGUUAAUUAAGUGUGUAAAGAACAAAGAUUUGAAGAAGCUGCAGGAGCUGCAUGAGAAGGGGUGUGACCUCACUUUUGUUGACCAAUGUGGUUGUAGCCUGCUGCACCAUGCCGUCAAUGUGGGAAGCAAGGAGAUGGUUCGCUUCAUUCUUGACAAUGCGUCCAGUGACCUAGUUGAUGUGACAGAAAAGAUACACACUGUCCCACGACCCCCACUUUCCUCAGACCCAUGGUUGGAAAACAAGUAUGUCUUGUUAGUUAUUAGCUAAUGCUAGUGAGUCAGCCACCAGAUAUUUUGGUUGGAUCUUACAGUGUUCACUGUGGCAUUCCCUGUGCUAACUAGCUGUGGGGAUGCCCGUAACCCUAAUUUUUGCUCGCAACCUAAAGCAUAAUAAUUAGUCAGGAAAUAGUUUGUUAAAACUUGUGAGCAGGGCCACUCGUAAGCCUCGGUACCACUAUGUUUGUUCUGUCUGUAAAACUGGCUGGUUUAUAACAAAAGUGUAAACACAAGAGACUAAAGGCAGGUACACACAUAAAGAUUUUCUGAAUCUUAAAUUAUUUUUUGUAUCGGUUACAUACCCCACACACAAAGAUAAAAAAUCAGGCACUGAGCCUUUUCGAUCAUUUUGUGUAUGGUGUGCUAUGAUUAUGUCAGCACAGCACACCACACACACAACGAUUCUGUCCUAAAACCAUGGCUGAUGUAAGACAAAACCUUACAUGAGCAAAUGUGAUCUAACAUUGAAGAAGAUGUGUGAAUGUUCUCAUUCAUCCAGGUCAUUGUAAUCUCAGGGCAUUCACUCGAUUGCAACUGGACUGUUUGGUUUGUCGUAGGAGACGUUUCGCCUGUCAUCCGAGUAGGCUUCAUCAGUUAGUGCUCAUACACUUAGAUUGUCAAAUCUAGUCUUAGACAUUGAUUGGUCAGAUCUAGUUUAGCGGCUGGUGCCCAUACCUCAGUAGG